GAUCAGAAAUGGAAAACAUCUCACAUAACUACUUUCCUUGGUAAAGAAACAAUACUAUCUAUGGUAUUUCUAUAAAUACAGUAAUACAAACCUUUCCAGAGCAAGUAACAAGAAAAUCCUUUGGAGGGGCCUCACAGAAAUCAAUCUGGUUAAUUGCAGAAUAUUCUUUCACAAUAACAGGGAACUGAGAAAAGAAAAAGAGAUUGCUAUUUUGCAAAAAUCAUGAGAUGGAGCAACAGAUGGAGUGGAACUCUAGUACUUUGCCAUUAUCUGCUGAAGAAUAUUUGCAGAAACAACAGAAGUUUAUUGAAAAUUACAAAUGGCUAGUGAAUUCAUUUCUUGCUGAGUUUUUUGCUGAAGGUUUGUGGGAAAGGAUCCCAUUAUCAUGGCGAAUAUGCUUGGAAAAAAUUUCUAUCGACGAAUUUCAUGACCUAAUCUCACCUGAUGUGAAAGGCAAAAAUUUUAGCUGUGUACUUCCUCUUUCUUUGCUUUCAUUCAUUGCCUUGUGUCAUUACCUGGCACUGCCAAGAAAACAAAUGUUCAAUGAAUGCACUCAGACAAAAGAUUCUGCAAACGACACAAAGCUGCCACAUAGCUUCAGAAGACAUGUGAAAAUAAAAAAACAAUACGAAGUAAAGCAUUUAUCACAGUUAAUAAAAACAGUUGCUGAUCACAUUGGAUGCAAUCAAAUAGCAGAUGUUGGCGGUGGUCUAGGCCAUCUCUCUAGAUAUCUGGCAUUUGUGCAUCACCUGCAAGUUGUAACAAUUGAAUCUGAGGGGCAUCACAAAAUGACGGCAGAGAAAUUUGACAAGGAAACCCUUCGAGACAUACAAAGAUCCAAGCUUCGGCAGAAUACUGGGAAGCCCCAGGACUGUGACGAGGCACCUCCAAUUCACGUGACAAAGAUGGUACCUCUGGAUAUCUCAGCUGAUGAAUUUGUAAAUAUAAUAUUGUCAGCCAGAAGAAAUUCACCAGCUGAACGUUUUCAAGACGAGAACGAAUCUAUGCCUUCAGAAAACAGGACUUUUGAUGACAAUAAGCAAACAUCAACGGACAGUGAAGAAAAUAAAGAAAAUUACGUCCUAGUUGGACUACACACGUGUGGAGAUUUGUCACCUACGAUGAUACGCACGUUUGUGAACUGCGAAGGAGCAAAGGCUAUCGUUCUUAUAAGCUGUUGCUAUAUGAAACUGACAUGCAAUGAGGUGGAAAUGAACUUCAACAAUCUGAGUAUUUCCGAGGAAGGCAAUCGACUGCCUGCAAAACACGUGCAGACUAAUUGUUCAUGCAACAGUGCUUCAUGUAGCGAGGAUUUACACUUUGAAACCAAUUCCCCUGAUGGUAAACACAACAACGCAGAUGAUGCAAGCAAAAAGUCUGCUAUUUCUGAAGACACUGGACUUAGUGGUUGUUGUUGUACUAAUCACGAAGGUCGUAAUAAUGUGAUAAAGGACAAGACUGAUCAAAUUGCUCCAAAACACACUGGUUUCCCAAUGAGCCAUUAUUUACGAAGGCAAUCAAAACUUUCUGUUGACUGGGAUGGUCUCGAACUUGCUUGUCACAACCUAGACAAUUAUUGCCAAAGGCUGCUAGAUGAAAAAGAAAAGCUGAAAAUCCAGUGUUACCGAGCUGCGUUGGAAGUGGUCAUCAGAAAACUUAGGCCAGACAUGAAGAAUCCUCAAAUAAGAUGUCAGAAGAUAAAAGGAGCUUCGCGUUUGUCCUUUCAAGAGUAUGCACACGCUGCACUGCAAAGAAUCAACAUUAGCAAGCCAUCCCAAGAGAUAUUUGAAGAGCUGGACAUAAACAGUUUCUUAUCCAGAUGGAAAGAAGUGACAAUGUUUUAUUGUCUCCGGCUGUUAAUUGGUCCCGUGAUAGAAAGCAUGGUGUUGACUGACAGGCUUCUGUAUAUGCAAGAGAAUGGCUUCAGGGCAAAUCUCUACACUGUUUUUGAUGCCAAGAUAUCUCCAAGGAAUUUUGCGCUGGUUUCUUUCAAGGACUAAUUUGUCGGUGCAAAUUCUGAUGUUAAGAUGUUUUUGUAUAUCGGCAAAGUACUGAAUGCAGCAUUCUAGCUGCGAUGAUGUGGUUAGAGCAUGGUUGCUCUAUUGCCCACGGUAGAGUGGUUAACUGAUGACGUCAAGUAAAUGUAAUUUGGAAAUUUUCAACGAUAUAGAUAAACAUAUUAUUAUACUAGAAAAAAGUUUAUAUGUUAUCGUUCAUGCAAAAUCUGUCGAAUUUGUCGAUUUUUGCCUAUCAAAAAUGGCUUGAAAACAGCUAAAUAAU